UGCUUAGAUAUGCAACUAUAUAAGUACAUGAAGUACUAUAAUUAAUUUUCCUUAUGAUUAAGAAGAAUUAAUUAGCUUAAUUAUAAGCUUAGAAAUGGAUGAAGAGAGUAAAAAAGAGUUGGUAGGAGAAGAAAAAGAGGGAAUUAAUAUUAUAAGAAGGUUGAAAGCUUACAUAUUUUGUGGGUUGUGUUCUCUAUUCUAUGCAGCAUUUCACAUAAUUGUUAAGCUUUGUUUAGAUAAAGGAAUGAGUAAAUAUGUUCUUGUGGUCUAUGGAUAUGCUGUUGGAACUGCUACUACAGCUCUUCUAGCUCUACUCUUUGAAAGGAAAUUGGAAAGCAAAUUAAGUUUAUCUAUCUGCUUAAAAAUCUUUUUAUUGGGUCUAAUUGGAGUCGUUGGCAGAUUACUUUUCUAUUUUGGACUAGAAAGUACUUCACCAACCUUUGCAGCUGCCAUGAAUAAUAUAAUUCCAUCAAUGACCUUUAUUUUGGCAAUUAUAUGCAGGAUGGAAAAAAUAAACAUAAAGAAGCUUACUAGUCAAGCAAAAAUUGGAGGAACAAUAGUUGCAUUUGGUGGUGCAACACUCAUGACUGUAUACAAGGGUUUCACUGUGGUUUCAAUGCAUGCUCUCCACACCACCAAACAUGGAGCUACACCAAAAUUACUCUUAUAUAGCCAUUUGAUAAAGGGCUCCCUCUUGCUUAUUUUGCAAUGCCUACUAGCAGCAGUAUACUAUGUUUUACAGGCGAAAACGGUGGAGAAGUAUCCUGCUCCUUUUACUCUUACUGUAUUGACAUGCUUAUCAGGAACCCUAAUUUCAGCAAUCUUAGCAUUAAUUAUUGAUCACAAAAUAUCAUCCUGGAAAUUGGCUUUGGACAUUACUCUUGUUACUCCAAUUUAUAGUGGUAUCGUAAUAUUUGGAAUUGCAACUUAUGUACAAACUUUAGUAAUGCGGACGAGGGGUCCAGUUUUCGUGACAGCAUUUAGACCUUUCACGACAGUGAUUGUAGCUAUUUUGGGACUACUCAUUUUAGGCGACGCAUUGCACUUAGGAGGGAUUCUUGGAGCUACACUCAUAGUUCUUGGAUUGUACGCACUUUUGUGGGCAAAAGAAGUCGAGUCCGAAAGAAAAAAAUUGGCGAAGCCUGCAAUUCCUGAUGAAAAAAUUCAGAUUAAAUCAGAAAACUAAAAAUGAACAUUUGUUUAAUUUUCAUCCAAUAUGUGGUUUGUUUAAAUAUUUUAUCGAUCUAUGAGUAUUUUAAUUUUGUCUGCU